AUGUCACAGAGCAGCGGAGACAGCAGUCGGGCGGGGCCAGACUUCAAUUUACCCGACGAGAUAUUAUCGAUGAUGCCCACGGACCCGUACGACCAGUUGGAUCUGGCGCGUAAGAUCACGUCCAUGGCAAUCGCGUCGCGGGUCACGAAAUUGGAAUCAGAAACGGGGAUGCUCCGACAAAAGCUCCGGGACAAGGACCGGGUUAUUGUGGAGCUAGAAGAUAAGGUAUCGCAGCUCGAACAGGCCGCUCAAGAAGCUGAAUUCCGACUGAGAAUCGCGUGUGAAGAUAAUAUGAAGAUAGCAAAGGAGAGAGAUUCUUUGGCUUUGACGGCAAAGAAGCUGGAUCGUGAUUUGGCUAAGUUGGAGAAGUUCAAGAGACAGUUGAUGCAAUCACUAAAUGAUGAAAUUUCACCACAAGCAGAAACUGUUGAUAUUGGCACUUAUGACCAAUCAGUUCCCAAGGCACAUCCCGCAAAGGAUGACGAGGCAAAUGGAUUCAGAAGAAACCAUUCUUUUUGCAGUUCUAUAGAAAGUACAAACAUUGCUGAUAAUGUCCCUAAGCAAGUUGGACAUAGAUUUAUAACCCCGUCGCUUGCUCCAAAAGCAUAUUCCACUAGUGUGUCUCCAAGAAGAUACUCGACUGCUGGAUCACCUCACAAAACCUCUGGUGCCACCUCUCCAACAACCACUCAAUAUGGACGUGGUUCUCUUUCUUCAUGGUACCCAUCAAGUCAGCAGUCCUCGGCCUCAAACUCUCCGCCUCGUGGACGCAUGCUACCAGCUCGUACUCCGCGAAUUGAUGGAAAGGAAUUCUUCCGUCAAGCUAGGAGUCGUCUAUCAUUAGAGCAGUUUAGUGCAUUUCUGGCAAAUGUAAAGGAAUUAAAUGCACAAAGACAAUCUCGUGAGGAGACUUUGAAGAAAGCAGAAGAGAUUUUUGGGACGGAUAACAAAGAUCUUUAUUUAUCAUUUCAAGGGUUGCUUAACCGCAAUAUAAGCUAG